AUGGCCGCGAACGGACAGGCCUUUUACGAGCUCUACCGCCGUAGCAGCAUCGGCAUGGCCCUGACUGACACUCUCGACGAUCUCAUCAGCGACCGCCGUAUCGAGCCGCAGCUUGCAAUGAAGAUUCUAGCAAACUUCGAUCGUAGUAUUACGGAGGUUUUGGCAGAGAGGGUCAAGUCGAGGCUAUCAUUCAAGGGUCAUCUCGAUACCUACCGCUUCUGCGACGAGGUCUGGACGUUCCUCAUUAAGGAUGUUACAUUCAAGAUGGAUAAUCAGACACAACCGGUUCUGGCGGAGAAGGUUAGGAUCGUGAGCUGCAAUAGCAAGAGACCUGGUGAUCCACAGUGA